AUGGCAUUCAGUUUGGUCUCCCCAGAAUACUCAGCAAUAUUUGAUGCAGUCGCAAAACGAUCAGCGGGCCUUACAGAUGUGGAUGAAGCUGAAGAACGAAGGAUAGAAUUAGAGGAGCGGGAGAUUGAAGAUGAUUUGGAGGGGGAGCAAGAGGCAUUUGGGUUUCCGAACUUGGAUGAGGUAGAAAGAGAGAGUCUGAGGGAGGAGAUGGACGAUGAAGAUAGCGAUGGUGAUAUGGACAUGGACGUCGAUGAUCAGAUACACAACUUCAGCAACCUUCCGAGCAAAGCUAAUGCGGGUCCCAUCAAUGUUGGCGAUAUGAAAAAGGUUAUUGCAGAAGCAUCAAAGGGCGUUAUCGAGGCAACAGACGCAACAUAUCGACGGUUAAUCACCCAAUGCGAAAAAUUUAUGCAAGAAAAGGGCUUUAUCUCUCAAGGAAAAUCUUUCUUUUCACCAACACCAUCAUCCGAUGCUCCAGCUUUUAUUAUUGCUUGGAUUAUGACUGAAUGUGAUGAUAUUGAAUUAGAUGGGACAUCGAAGCCUGCAACAAAGGUGCGGGCAUCAUAUAGUCAUGCACAAAAAAUGCGUGCUGCUGCGACAUAUGGCUUUGGUCGUGUGGCUGAUCUGGGCUCACGUCCUUGGGAACAAGUCGAAACAUUUGAUGCGGGAGUCAGAAAAUGGCGCUAUGCUGGAAAUCCUUCUGUCUCCGAGUCGGUUUCACGUUACAUGGUUACUCUCAGAAAGAAGAAAGUACGUGCUGGAGAGGUUGCGACAAGUGCCCGAGCCAUUACACCAGAUAUGCUCUACAAGCUUUAUCAUUACAACAAUCAACCUGAGAUUGCGCAGAUUAAUCCAGUUACUCGCAAAUCACGAAACAAAUCAAACAUCGACAACUGGUGUGGUGGCCGUACAAGAGCCAUGUUGCAUGCUGUUUAUGUUCUUGCAUUUCUCUGUUUGCUCCGUUUCGAUGAGGCUUUGAAAAUCCAGCAUCAAGACAUCAAGCGUCUUGAUGAGCAUAGUUUUGAGGUAACACUUCCCUUUCGAAAGACAAGUCAGUAUGGAGAUAUCAAACCAUUUGUUCUUCAUGAGCGUCCAGAAGAAGAGGCACACCUGUGUCCCGUUCGUGCAUUAGCAUGUUGGCUAAUGGUGAACGAGCACGAUGAUGGAUAUCUCUUCCCGAACAUUACCAAACGGGACCAAAUCGGUGCUCCUAGCUCUCCAAUGGUAUUUUAG